AUGGCAGCCACCGAGAGUUCGCUGCGCGACUAUGGCAUUGCUGCCCCCCACGGCCCCAACAUGGCUGGCGACCAUGUGGCCACCCGCGACUUCCACGAGAUGAACCCCAACGAGAAGGGCGUCUUCGACUUCCUCCUCAAGCCCGACGACAGCUUCGACUCCUCAGGCAAGUACUGGGCCGACAUGGGCAUCAUGGAGCGCAUAAGAUUCGUGUCCAGCGUCGACAAGGCCGAGGCCAAGAAGGAGACGAACGAAUUCUGGUCCAUGUUCAAGACUUCGGCCUCUCGGUUCAGCGGCAUCCUCGCUCCGAUUGGAUGGAUCAUGGGCGCCUUCACCCUUUGGUCCUACUACUUCAAGAAUUGCAUCAUCCCUGGCAUGGGUCUCCUUUUGGAAGGAUAUGUGCUUUUCUCUAUUGGCAACGUCAGGCCUCUACUCGAAGAUACUUUCGGCACGUGCUGGAAGACGUAUGAGAUCUGCGACAAGACCUGGACUCAAGCCAUUGACUACCUGGAGAUCUGCGGUAUCAUCGUCGGUCAGAUCCUUGUCGGUAUCAUUGGCGACUGGCUUGGCCGCCGCUGGGGCCUGAUCCAGGACGCUGUCAUCAUGUUCGUCGGUCUUGUCAUGCUGACCGCUGCCUGGGGUCUCACCCAGAAUGGCUGGAUCAUCUGCUACGUCUGGGCGCUUUUCUUCUACGGCAUUGGUGUCGGCGGAGAGUACCCCAUGACUGCCACGUCCGGCAUGGAGAAUGCUGUUGGCUCUGGCAAGGUUUCCACUAAGGAGGAUCGUCUGCACCGUGGUCGCAAGGUCACCAGCGCCUUCCUGAUGCAGGGUUGGGGCCAGUUCAUCAACGUCGUCAUUCUCAUGGUGCUCCUCCGCAUCACGCACGGCUACAGUGGCCCGCCAUACGCCAAAUCCGAUGCGCAGUGGACCUACCGUGUUUCCUUCUUCAUCCCGGCCGUCGGCACGCUGUGGCUGGUCUUCUACCGUGCCUACAAGAUGAAGUCGGCAGGCAAGCAGCUCGCCAUGCAGAAGAAGAAGCAACACAUCACCGGCUACGACACCGAGUCGCUCAAGCUCACCUUCACCUAUUUCGGCCCUCGCCUGAUUGCGACCGCCGGUGCGUGGUUCGCCAACGACGUCUUCUUCUACGGCAACAAGCUGUUCCAGAGCCAGUUCAUCAAGGUCAUCACCACGAGCAAGGACGUUAUGGUUACCUGGGAGUACAACCUGAUCAACGUGGCCGUCUCACUUGUCGGAUAUUACGCAGCUUCUUUCCUGAUUGACAACAAGCUUUACGGCCGCAAGUGGAUGAUGAUCGUUGGCUUCAUGCUCGACUUCAUCUUGUUCGUGAUCCCCGCUUUCAACUAUGAGUACUACACGUCUCCGGAGCACAUCCACGAGUUCCAGGCCAUGUACUUCUUGUCUUCUUUUUUCAACCAAUUCGGGCCGAACUCGGUGACGUUCCUGGUUGCGGCCGAAGUGUUCCCCACACCCAUCCGUGCCACGGCACACGGCUUCUCUGCGGCAAUGGGUAAGCUGGGCGCACUGCUCGCAGCGGUGCUGUACAACUAUAUCGACACUCAGACCAAGUUCUAUGUGGUUCCGUGGUUCGGCUUGGCCGGUGCGCUCAUGACCUGGCUUUUCCUGCCCGACACGACCGGUCUGGAUCUCAAGGAGCAAGAAAGGCGGUGGACGUUCAUUCGCGCCGGUCGCGAGCAAGAUUACCACGGAAUUGCCAUCCACCCCAAGCAUCUGUCUGUGUGGGAGCGCAUCCGCGGCGUCGGCAAGAACUACGACGCCGAUGCCGACUACAAGCAGCGCGUCGAGGAGAUGCGCGGCGACUGGGAGGAAUGGCAGCAGCGCAAGUUUGAGGAGGAGGCCAAGGGUAACGGAUACGACCUUGGCGAUGAUGAAUUUGGCGAGGACAUCUCUUCCUACUUUACGCGAACGGCACGGUCGACACCGAUGCCGACACCGCAGAUCUCGACGCUGGAGAAGCAGCAGAAGGCGACCAGCCCGAGGAUAAAAGCAAACAGCUCUGAGAGCGAGAACGAGAAGCUGGAGAUCUAA